AUGCGACAAUGCAUCUCAUCUACCCUCCUCCCGUUCCCUCCUCACUUCUCCUCCUCAACUUCCUUCCUCUCCUCCCCUCCUCCAUUUCCCUCCUCACUUUCCCUCCUUUUCCUUCCUCUCUUGCCCUCCUCCCUUUUCCUCCGCACUUCCUUACUCCUCUCUUUCACUCCUCUCUUCCCCUCCUCCAUUUCCCUCCUCUCCUCCCCACCUCCCUUUCACUCCUCACUUCCCCUCCUCCCUUUUCCUGCUCUCUUUCCCUCCUCCCUUUUUCUCCUCUCUUUCCCUCCUCCCUUUCCCUCCGCACUUCCUUUCCCCUUUUUCCUCCUUUCUUUCCCUCCUCCAUUUCCCUCCUCUCUUCCCUUCCUCCAUUUCCCUCCUCUCUUCCCUUCCUGCCUAUCCGUCCUCCCUUUCACGUCCAUCCCGCCGUUCUUCCAGGUGUUCGGAGGCAGUUUACACGGGGGAGACGAAGCUCGGCAGUCUUCAUCUGGUUCCCUUGUCCCUCGCUCAUUUCAGGUGUUUGGAGAGGAAUGGUCGUUUGUUUGGGUACUGCGAGCACAGGUGUUUGGAGAGGAGUGGUCGUUCGGAUACUGCGAGCGCGGCUCAGGCGUGUUCAGCUGCCGCCCGAAAUCCAACCCCUACUACACUUAUCGAGAAACAGUGGACAUGGGGGAAACGAAGCUGAGUGCAAAACGAGCGGGGCAGAUCAUAGCUGAGAUGAGCGUGCAGUGGCCUGGGGUGUCGUACGACAUGCUCGGGCGAAACUGUAACCACUUCUGCGAUGAGCUUUGUGUCAAACUGGGCGUCGGCCCCAUCCCAGGUGGGUGGGUGCAUGUAGACAUGUGUAGCAUGCUUACAUUACCCUCUCCUCUCCGUUCUGCGUCUGCAUUACCGGCGAUUCUGCAGCCGAGCUUUAUGAUCAAGUGGGACAACAGUGGAAGGAAGGGAGAUGACCUGGAUGGGGCUGAGUUGCUGGAACCUGGAGAGGAGAGGAGCACCAUGGGUGUUUGUGAGAGUGAGGGAAGGGGAGAAGGGGACUGGGAGAACAGGGAGAGUGGAGGAGGGUGA